UUCAAAGCCCGUUGGUUAACCUAAAAAGCAAGAGAAACUCAAAUUGAAAUCAAGAGAACAUCCAGCGAAAACCAUAAAAGAUCCAUGAAUUGAAAAAAAAAAAAAAAGAAGAAGAAAAAACUUGGAAAAAAAAUGGGAUGCAGAGUAGCUGCUUCAGCAGAAGAACAAGAAGAAGAAGGAGCAGAAGCAGAGCAACAACAAAAACAGCCGCCACCGCCUGCAACGAUGUCGUUUCCUACCGACAAACCAAACCCUAAAACACCAUUGAAGAAGCGGUGGUCGGACCUCUGGCCGAAGAAGAAGACCGCCAUUAUCAACAACAACAACAACAACAAAAAUCUCAAUCUCAACCAUGUCGUUUACGCCAUGAAGCUUCAAUCCUCUCUCUCCUCUUCGUCUCCCAACAAAACCCUAGACCAACCAAAAAUCCCCAAUUCCUCCGAUCGGACCCUCCUGUUGUCCGACGAGAUUCUCCUCAGAAUCCUCUCGAAGCUUCCGAAGUCGCAGCGCAGCGCCAACUCCCUCGUCUGCAAGCGCUGGCUCGCCCUCCAAGACCGCCUCCUCCGGUCCCUCAAGCUUCUCGAUUGGGGCUUUCUCCACUCCGGCCGAUUGACCUCCCGCUUCCCCAAUCUCACCCACGUCGACCUUCUCCCCGGGUCUCUGAUCCCCGUCCAAAACGCUGACGUUUUGCUCAACCGCAGAAACUUCUCAGUUCAUGUAAAUUCUCGGUUUUCCCCCGACGAUUCCGACUUCUUCCACCCGCAUUUCCUUCCGGUCGACGUAAUCGACCGGGGGCUUAACGAAUUAGCCGCCGGUUGCCCCAAUCUCCGGAAGCUCGCGGUGAUCAAUGCCAGUGAAAUGGGUCUUUUGACUGUGGCUGAAGAAUGCUCGACUCUACAGGAUCUGGAGCUUCACCGGUGCAACGACAACGUUCUGCGCGGCAUCGCAGCGUGCGAGAAUUUGCAGGUUUUGAAGCUGGUGGGCAGCGUUGAUGGGUUUUAUAGUUUAGUGGUGUCGGAUAUUGGGUUGACCAUUUUGGCUCAGGGGUGUAAGAGAUUGGUGAAGCUUGAGCUAAGUGGGUGUGAGGGAAGCUUUGAUGGGGUGAAAGCGAUCGGACAGUGUUGCCAAAUGUUGGAAGAGUUUAUCAUCUGUGAUCAUAGGAUGGAAGGUGGGUGGUUGGGUGGGGUGUCGUAUUGUAAGAAUUUGAAGACAUUGAAGUUUGUGUCUUGUAAGAGGAUUGAUGUGAGUAGUCCUGGGCCUGAGGAGUAUCUCGGAUUGUGUCCUGCUCUUGAGAGGCUGCAUUUGCAGAAAUGUCAAGUAAGGGACAAGAAGACUGCGAAAGCUUUGUUUGGGAUGUGUGGGGCUGUGCGGGAGAUUGUUUUUCAGGACUGUUGGGGGUUGGAGAAUGAUGUGUUCUCUCUUGCCAGUUAUUGCAGGAGGGUAAAGUUUGUAUCUUUAGAAGGGUGCUCAUUGGUGACAACAGAUUGUCUAGAAUCUGUGAUACUUUCCUGGAAGGAGAUUGGAAGCCUUAGAGUUGUAGCAUGCAAGAACAUAAAGGAUAAGGAUAUCUCUCCUGCACUGUCUGCCUUAUUCUCUCUUCUUAAAGAGUUGAAGUGGAGACCAGACACCAGAUCUCAGUUUACAUCAAGUGCCAUGGGAACGAGCAUAGGGAAGAAAGGCGGUCGGUUUUUCAAGAGGAUACACUUUGAUCAAAGUCUAUUGCACCUUUGAUGAUCAUAAAAUUCUGCUUUGUUCUUGGAUGAUUCAAAUGGACGCUGCAAAAGGGUCUUGUGCUUAAAGACCAACUUUGACCUUUUUCCGUUUUCUUCAUGUACACUCUACUCUAGCUUUGUAAUAGUAGCAAGUAAUACGUCUGUAUGACCAACUUAACUUUAGUUCUGUGCGAGCCCUAAAUGCUGUUAGUUUUUGUUUUACAUACUAAUGUUUCUACAGUAGUACAAUGUAUAAACAUGCUUGUGAACGUUUACUGGUGCAAUAUA